AUGGGUAAAAAACGUGAACGAAUGGAAUUCUUUGUUAUCACUCAAAUCAAAUGCAAUAAUCACAUUGAAUAUUCCAGUGUCUCAGAUACUGCUUAUUGCCAUCAUCAUCACCUUCAGUUUCAUCCUAAUCACUGCAAACAACAAAGAACACAUCACGUCUAUGAUUCCCAGAAUAUUUUUCAUCGUAUUUAUGUUGUAUUUGUAUGCGUAUUAUUAAUUUCAUUCAAUGUUAAGUAUAUUCAUUGUAGACCUACUUCAUUAUCAUUGAAAAACGAUUUGAAUGCAAUUUCCUCAUCUGAUAGCAUCUCAUCAUCAACUUCAUAUAUUACUACUCCCCUGCCUUCAUUUUCGUCGACAGUAUCACUCUCAAGUAUACAUAUGCCAUCUGUAUCACCGCCAAUAUCAAUAAAUGUAAAAAAUAAAUCACUGGGUGUAGACGAUUUAUUAUUUCAUUAUUUAGAUUUUAUCACUAUGAGUUUGAAUCAUACUAAUGAUAUAAAAAUAACAAAUGUUUUUAUGCGAUCACAAAGAACAAAACGCAGUUUGUCAUUUUAUAUGUCAAAUUUAGAUAGAUCACCUCUGUUUUUAGCCCCACUAACUCAGAAUUAUACAAAUAAACGAAGAUAUUUGAGUAUUCAUGACAACGGAACUAUUAAAUUAACUAAUUCACAUCGAGAUAUAUCUGCUAUGAUUACAGUUUCAGUUAUUGUAAAGUGGUCAGCGUCAAUGAAUAAAGAACAGUUACUGAUGUUAUUGCAUCCACGCAAUGGAUCAAGAUUAAUUCUUCGUAAAUUUGCUAAAAAUAUAUGCAUCUGUAUGUAUCCGAACGGAACAGUUUAUGCAGAGCGUAUCAUCAACCAGACAAUUACGGAUAACUGUGAAUGGCGUUUAAGAGUGUCAAGAUACGGAAUAGGCUUUGAACAUGAAUCAUUCGAAGGCGAUAGCAACAGUAUGUCAUUGGAAUCUCCUGAAUCUAGUCUUCUCAAGCAAACAACUGGAAUUAGCAGAAGAUAUCCGACUUUAAACGUAGCUGAUGAAGAGUCGAAUGCAUUAGCUUCUGGUUGGACACACUGGCUAUGGCAACCUGAAGCAACUUGGCAAGUUUACGGUGUUCAACCAAGUUUAGUGAAAGCUUAUAAUAAAACAUAUAGUAAUACUCCAGAUUAUCAACGAUUUAUUUCAAUUCAUACAGAAAAUUUGAAUCAGUUCGUCACUACAGCAGACAAUAGUAUUCAUGAGUCAAACUCUCAAAAUAGCACUUCCAUAACAUCAUCAAGGUCUACGGUGAAAGUAGGUUCACAACAAGUAGUCAUUUUGGAGGCACCUGCUUAUUAUUUCCGUUCACUACAUGAUAAGGAAAACUAUAAACACUGUGAAACAUUGAAAACUAAACUUGUACAUCUUGUGCAAACCGAAUUAGUUAUGAGCUUUAUAACUUUAGACAAAUACAGACAAGCUUUUAAAAAUCUUUCAACUAUUGUUCAAAAGUUCUCAUUAAUGAAUAAAAGUAGUAGUAGUAACUAUGAUAUCAUUAAUAACAAACCAUUAUCAUCACAUUCAAUAGCAAAACUACUAGAUCAAUGGUUAAUGCUUUUAGAUUAUAAAUGGCGUCAAACAACUAAGCAAUAUUAUAAAAUGAAUUCAAGAGUUAAUAAUUGUUCUCUGAGUUUUAAAUCCUCAUUUGAAAUAAAUGCUGUUGGUAAUGAUAGUGAUGAUAAACUAUUGGUUAAACUGCAUGAAACAAGAUUGAAAACUAAAAUAUAUUAUAGUUUAUUUGAAAAUCUACAACAUAUUAUCGAAUGGACAGAUGAACAGAAGUAUCAUUGGCUUCAACAUCCAAGAAUUAUAAAAUUAUUCCAUUAUUUACAUAUUAAAUGUCCAUCGUUACAAAAGUUAAGACAAGCUUCUUUCAUCCUACGGCAGUAUCUUCCAACUUAUUCACCAGAAGAUAUUCGUUCGCAGAAUGAUUUUCACUACGGUCUCAUGGGGAAGUUGAAAACAGCAACACUUAGACAAUUUCUUUCCAAUGAUACUAAAAUGGCCAGUAUCCUAAUCGAUCGUGCAGCCCAUUUGAAAUUUGAAGAAUAUUACUUUUGGCCUAUAUUGAAGCGUGUGUACAAUAAAGCAGUUGUGGAACAUUCUAUUUUUCUCAACAGCGACUUACGCAAUGAAAUCAAGCAAAUGUCUUCAAAUAGUAUGUGUUAUAAGUUAUUUAUGAAAAAUUGGAAAUUUUAUAAAAAACGAGAUUCAACUAAUUCGUGUUUAAACUAAAAAUACAAAUGAAAUUUUUAAAACAGAAUUACAAACUAUAAAAACUCGAUAAAAUAACUAAAUAACCUGAGAUACGGUAACAUAUGUGUCAUUCCACUAAAAUUAUCAGUUGAAAAGUGAACUACUACCUCCUAAACUUCACAAGAGCUGAAAGCCUGUCAGCAAGCUGUACAAUAUAAU